AUGGGAACGGUAAGUAAAGAUAAUAUUGAGAAUCAAGUGCCUGAAGCCGUUGAACUGGCCGCCGGCUACAGAAUUCUAGACUACAAAGUAGUCCGCUUCAUUGCCCGAGGAGCAUUCGGCGCUGUUUAUCAGGUUGACCAUAUAAACACGCUUCCGUUCGCUCUGAAGAUAGAAAGUCGAAAAGCGGAGCCAAGAAAUUUGAAAGUGGAAGCUGUGGUUUUGAGAUUCAUCCAUCGCGAUAUCAAACCCGCUAACUUUUGCAUGAGCUUGGAGAAUCCACGUCAAUUGGUGAUGGUUGAUUUUGGAAUGUGUCGAAAGUAUGUGACGGAUGGAGGUAGUGAGCUGAGACAUCCGAGAUGGUAUGUGCACGGAUUCAAAGGAACACUACGGUAUGCUCCGUUGGCAGCUCAUCAUGGAAGAGAGUCUAGUAGGAAGGAAGAUUUGGAAUCGGUUCUUUAUGUUUUGGUUGAGCUAUUAGUUGGUACACUUCCUUGGAUGACAAUGGAGGAUCAGAUCCACGUGGAACAUGCUAAGCAGAUAGCCAGAACUAUCGGUCUCCAUGAAUUCCUGUCUGGAUGUCCAAAACAAUUGGUUCAUAUGCUCUUCUACAUUGACAAUCUCCGUUUCUAUGAUACGCCGGACUAUGCACUUCUUCGUGGACUUCUCAAUAGUGCUCUUGAAAAUGGACCACAAGAUGCCAAGUACGAAUGGGAGGAAGAGAUGAAGAUUGAGAGAAAGAAGUCAGAAUAUUUGAGAUCGAAAGAAGAGGUGGAAUUGGAGGAUGGAUGA